AAAGAAGAGGAGAGAAACCGGACCUGCCAGAAAACCCUAAACAAAUCGUCAUCCCGAACAUCCAGGGAAAAGGAGGGAUCAGAGCCCGAGCUCCAGAUAUACUAUCCUCCUCAUCCUGAUUCCUGCGGCGGACGGACACACGGGAGAUCUGUCAUUUCACACACACAAACAUUCGGCUUUGCUUAUGGAUUAAUCGCUUUUUAACGCAUAUGAGGUCAUGAAUUCGGCUGAACAGACCAUCACAUGGUUAAUAACCCUGGGUGUCCUGGAAUCACCCAAAAAGACACUAUCGGACCCCGAAGGCUUUUUGCAGGCAUCCCUUAGAGAUGGAGUGGUUUUGUGUAAACUGCUGGAACGGCUGCGACCCGGUUCCGUUCACACGAUAUACCAGGACCCGAGGAAGGACGAGUGCUUAAGUAAUAUCAGAGAGUUUCUGAAAGGCUGUGCAUUAUAUCACAUUGAGGUAUUUGAACCCAAUGAUCUCCUUCAGGGCCAAAACUUCCCCAAGGUCUUAAAUUGUUUGGUUGCGCUCAACAAAGCAACGUCAGAGUCCGGUGGAGGGAGCAACUCGGUGUGCUCUCGUCAAUCGUCUUCUCUGCGGAUCAAGUCCUUCGACUCGCUCAACUGUUCAUCCACUCACAGGAGAUCCUCCAGACACAAGUUCAACCAGUACCGCAGUCUGGACAUGUCUGAAAACAGUGCCCCUCAGGUGCUGGUGAAGGCACGCUUUAACUUCCAGCAGACCAAUGAGGACGAGCUGUCCUUCAGCAAGGGUGACAUCAUCCAGGUGACACGGCAGGAGGAGGGUGGCUGGUGGGAGGGCGCUCUCAAUGGCAAAACCGGCUGGUUUCCUAGCAACUACGUCAAAGAGAUCAAAGGCUCCGACAAACCUGUGUCUCCCAAGACUGGGACGCUGAAGAGUCCACCCAAGGCCAUCGAGAGCGCUAACUUCUGCAAGACAUACUAUAAUGUGGUGGUUCAGAAUAUUCUUCAAACGGAGACGGAAUAUUGUAAAGAGCUCCAGAACCUCCUCUCCAUGUAUCUGAGAGCAUUACAGCCCACCGACAGGCUCAGCGUGUCGGAUAUCAGUCACAUCAUGGGAAAUCUAGAGGAGAUCAGCUCUUUUCAACAGACACUGGUACAUUCACUCGAGGAAAACGUCAAAGUUUCAGACAGUCAACAGAGAAUAGGAGGCUUCUUUCUGUCCCUCCUUACUCAGAUGAGGAGUCUGUAUGUGACCUACUGCUCCAACCAUCCGUCCGCAGUUAAUGUUCUCACACAGCACAGUGAGGAAUUAGGAGAGUUUAUGGAAAGUAAAGGAGCAAACACACCUGGAAUCCUCACACUCACCACGGGCCUGAGCAAACCCUUCCUGAGGCUGGAGAAAUACCCUACACUACUGAAGGAGAUGGAGCGCCACAUGGAGCCACUUCAUCCUGAUUAUCCAGACAUUCAGAAGAGCAUGUCAUUAUUUAAAAAUCUCUCGUCUCAGUGUCAGGAAGUGAGGAAGAGAAAGGAGCUUGAGCUGCAGAUCCUGAUGGAGUCCAUUCGCGGCUGGGAAGGGGAAGGCAUUAAGACCUUGGGCUCCGUCCUCUUCAUGUCUCAAGUCAUCAUCCAAAACCACGGCGCCGAGGAGAAAAACGAGCGAUACCUGCUGCUGUUUCCUCACAUUCUGCUCAUGCUGUCUGCCAGUCCUCGCAUGAGCGGCUUCAUCUAUCAGGGGAAGCUUCCUCUGACCGGAAUGUCUGUGAAUAAAACAGAGGACAGUGACGGCACAAAACAUGCUUUCGAAAUAUCUGGAAAUAUGAUCGAGCGGAUCCAGGUGAUCUGUAAUAAUCAGCAAGAUCUUCAGGACUGGGUGGAUCAUCUCCACCGGCAGACCAAACGCAUUUCAACCAGCAGCUUGAAACCACAGAGUGUGCCCUGCCAUACACUGCCCUCUCACCCGCUCACUCCGUCCAGACACUCGGAAAGUCGAGGAGUGAGUGGAUCUCCAGUCUACCACACUCUUCCUCACCUCUCUUCACUUGGAACUCCUCAAAGCGGGAUGAUGUGGGGGCCCCUCGAACCCCCCAAAACCCAGAAGCCCUGGAGUCUCAGCUGUCUGCGACCUGCACCACCUCUCAAACCCUCCGCUGCUUUGUGUUACAAAGAGGAUCUCAGUAAAAGUCCCAAAAAUAUGAAAAAGCUUCUGCCCAAACGAAAACCUGAGAGGAAACCUUCUGACGAGGAAUUUGCUGUGAGAAAAAGCACUGCAGCUCUGGAGGAGGAUGCUCAGAUCCUGAAAGUGAUUGAAGCUUACUGUACAAGUGCUAAAACACGCCAAACACUCAACUCAACAUGGCAGGGCACUGAUUUGAUGCAUAAUCACGUGCUGGCUGAUGUUGACCAAUCGUGUGUGGAUGCUGUGGGUUGCCGUAGCAGCGGAUUUCCUUCAUCUGACCAAUCAGAAGACUCGGACUAUGACAGUAUAUGGAUAACUCACACUAACAGAAUUGGUUCAGUGUCCCGAUCAAGGAAGGAGUCUGGACCACAUAUGCUUUUUCCUGAGGAGGAGAAAAUCAUUGUGGAAGAAACAAAGAGCAAUGGUCAAACCGUAAUCGAAGAAAGGAGUUUGGUGGAUACAGUUUAUGCCUUGAGGGAUGAGGUACAAGAACUUAAGCAGGACAACAAGAGGAUGAAGCGAACUCUCGAAGAAGAACAAAAGGCAAGGAAAGAGCUGGAGAAGGUUGUCAGGAGAGUGUUAAAGAGUAUGAACGACCCAUCCUGGGAUGAAACCAAUUUGUGAGAGAUUCAGCAGGAAAUAAGAAUCGUGUAGAAUAAGUCUCCUGACCAAAAAUAUCUGUAAAUAUUGUGACAAAUCUGGACUUGACUCCCUUAGUCACAGUAUUACGCUUUUAAAAAUGCAAUCCCUUUCAAGCCUUCUUUUUGUUCGCCUGUGCCAAGUAUUUAGUUUGGUCAGAUAUGCUCUAGAUAACUGUAUUGAACCUGUACAUCAUCUAGUAGGAAUGUACUUUCCCUCUUCACAGGAUCAGAUGUGGUCUGGCAAAGCUGCCAAAAGAACUUCUUGCAGAUUGAUCGUUUAGUUCACAGAUGUCAUUGGUUCCUAGUCCAAAUCUAGGAGUCUCAGGGAUUCUAGACACACUGUACCUACACAAAUAGCCAGGCCUGCAUUUCUUUUCCAUUCACUUGACAGUACGUUCAAUAAGUGAUGACAUUCAAUAGGAGUUUUCCAGUGGAGAACCUUGCAAUACAAAACUGGAAGCAAUUCUGAGGGCACUAGUCUUAUUAUUGUUUUAAUUGUUUUUAUAGAGAGAGGUUUUGGAUCACAUCUCAAUAUUGCUUUUACGAUAUCCUCAGUUUUAAUUCUGUCCGGUUGCUUGUUUUGCACCUUGUAUCCUUUUUUUUUAACUUUGAUCCUGAACACUAAUUGUGCAUCCACCGAUUUUUGUUAUGUACAGAAAUGAUCCUUUAUUUUAUUUAAUGCUCAGAAAUGUGCCUUUUUUGGGAAGAAAAAAAAGAGAUUUCCAGAAUUUUGUCAGCAUUUCUAGCUCUGUCAGCAUUUCAAAGAAGCUUUGUAAGAAAACUGUAUGCAAGAUUGAUUUUAAAUUAACACUGAAUCUGUGGUUAGAAACUGACGGAUUAAGAGUCUUCUAUGUUGUCUGUCUAAUUUAUGUAUUUAAAUGAAAUAUUGUCUACAGCAAAAUGACUGUGUAUUGUGAAAUUUCCAGAUAACCUUGACUACUUUCUCUUUCCAAAGCACUCUCUCUCUCUGUCUUACUCUUUAUUUCUUGCUGAUUGAAUUAAAUAAAUACAAAUUCCUACUGUGAGUCUUUAA